CCUCGAGAACUGCGUAACGCGGGAGGCAAUUGAGGCUGUUUACGUAGUAUGUUAAAAUCGUGUGGCUUGCGCGUUACGUACAAUUUAUGCGUUGCUAUAUAUUUGAGUUAGAUAAAUCGAAUGUCUUAACCAGUUUUUGGUACUGAACUCGACUUUUUUUUCUCUUUAAGUGAUUUAUCCAAUACUCCUUUGGAUCAUAUCGAUGAAGACGCUUUUAGUGGUGUUCAGCUCACAAUACUGAAACUAGAAGGAACCCUCGUUAAGCGUCUGCCAGGAAAGGGGAUGGAAUUUUUGUACAAGCUAUACAUAGCCAACACCAAACACCUUUGGAGCCUUCCCUUCAAGUCAUUUAAAMAUCUAGAGUAUGCCAAAGUAGAGUAUCCUUUCCACUGCUGUCUGCUUAAUCAAUCACUAAACGAUAAUGAUAAUCCCAGUUUUCGUAACUUCACCGCUGUGAAAAAAUGUCCAACACCUGGCUACAAAACAACAACCACGGCUCUACCCACUCCUACAACACAAAGAACAACUACAACACARCGAAUUACCGAUAUAUUCGAUAGACAUAAAAACAACUACAAGGUCAAAUACAAAAACAUCUCGGUUACUUUUGCUCCUAACAUAUGUGUUGACGCAAGAGAACCGGUCUUUGAUAAAGCGCAACGGCCACCGGCACCGUUUAAAUGUCUGCCGCAAKCYGAUGCUUUUAAUCCCUGCGAGGAUCUUCUUGGAACGGUCGGGCUUCGUGUUUGCACUUGGAUUGUCUUAGUGUUUGCCAUUAUAGGUAAUGGGCUGCAGUUAAUAGUGCUAUUGACAAGUAAACGAAAUAACACGAUGUAUCAAGUAUUGCUGUGUAAUUUAUCCGUCGCUAACUUAUUCAUGGGGAUUUACCUUUCUAUGCUGGCUGCAAUUGACGCACAGAGCUACGGGCAGUACCAGAAUCACGCCUUGGCAUGGCAAUACGGCACUGGAUGCAAUAUUGCAGGAUUUCUCUCCAUAUUAUCAACAGAAUUAGCGGCAUAUACGUUGACUGUGAUUACAGUGGARCGAUAUUUCACCAUUGUACACCCACUGAAACAACACAUGCAUUUAUCAACCAAGCAAGUAAUUGGGAUGAUACUAGUAGGUUGGUUUAUAGCCUUGACAUUAGCUGCAUUACCGCUCAUUGGCGUCAGUAGCUACCAGAAAGUUGGCAUCUGCCUACCAUUUGAAGUAGGCAACGAGAAAUCCAAAGCAUAUGUGACGUUUUUGCUAGUAACCAAUGGUCUGGCAUUCAUUAUCGUGUUAUUUUGCUACGCGAGGAUGUUUUUGAGUCUUGGUGGAAGCACCUGCUCCAGUGCUACAAGAAUUGAAAGUCGUGUAGCCAGAAAGAUGGCGAUGCUAGUAUUGUCAAACUUUGCAUGUUGGUUUCCAGUUGCUUUGUUUAGCUUUAUUGCAAUUUACGGGUCUCCAGUCAUUGAUGUUCCAACUUCAAAAUUUCUUCUAGUUUUUAUUUAUCCCAUCAACGCAUUCACGAACCCGUACUUAUAUGCUUUGGGUACAAAACACUUCCAGCUAGACCUUCUCGACUUGCUGAGGAAUUUCAGGUUCUGUGAAAAUACGAUUGAUAAAUUACGUGGUCGAAUCCUUCAGCAACUUGCCUCGUUACCACACACUACCAAUUCUCGAGCGUUCAUGGGUAGUCGGACUAGCGUAAACUCGUCAAUGUAUCGUCCUUCUCCAGCGCACUCAAACAUUACUAGCCCUAAUUUAGGAUCUCCUUCUAACAACACUAAGGGCUCGUUUUCCCUUCGUUUUCUGUCCAUUCCAAAAAUUAACCUCAGAUCGCAUAGCGAUGAUGAUUACGAUAUGAAGAGUGCUCUAGGGUGUUCAAAUUCCUCCAUCAAUAACGAUUCACCAUCGGAACAGUAUAUUCCUUAUCGCAGUCAUGAUCAACCGUUAUUAAAAGACGUCAAAAAUGGCGACGACCAUGAUGAUUCYCACUUGGACAUAUUCCGUCGUGUGUCGGCGAGAGAAGUUAUAAUCGGCGGUAAAGUCAUCAACAAGAAUAAGUUAACAAAUUCUGGGCGUCAUGUCGAUGAUCUGAGAGAAAGUGAGAAUUUAAUCAAUCAAAACGAGUUGUUAUUGAACAAGGAUCUUGGAGAUUCUUCAAAAACGCUGCCUGUCGUCAUGGUAACAACAUGUUGAGGUGUUACCAUGGUCACAUGUCAUCUUAGAUACGCAACGGCUGAAUAUAGCUUUAUAGGCUUACUUGCAUCCGAAAGCCUUUGCGAUCGUUUGUUGUGAUUCAACUGGUUUGUCUUUGACACUUGCUUUCUGAUUGGUUCGAGAUCAAAGAUGGAGGAUUUUCAGUAUGUGAGAAAAUCGCGCAAAGGCUGUUGGAUACAUAUGGGCCUUUAAAGAUGUUUACGACAAUCGAAUGAAUUAUUUAAUAUAUUAAUUAAAUCAAAUUUUAUAAACACUUAGAUAACAAACUGAUAUAUAAAUCUAUCGGUUGUAUUUUAAAAUUAGUCAGUUACACCAUAAUUCGUGAAAAACGACGAAUGUUGGUGUGUUUACUGUAAAAUUGCAUCAAAUUAUUGAUAACAACAAKUGUCAGUGUGAAUUUUUACGAGUUACACUACAAAUAAGGACCCGUUUUCUUUGCAUCCAUAAGGUAGAAGAGAUAAACAAGGAAAAAGCUCAAAGCUAUAAAAAGCUCUUCUUAUGAUUGAUAUGUAAAUUUAUAAUGAAUGGUUUCAAUUCCUUUCAUAAAAUUUACAGAAUAAAUGGAUCUAACGCUA